CGGGCCGUCUCCGUGGCCUGGCUCCCUCAGUCUCUGCUUCCUGUCCUUCCUGGCUGAGCCUGGGGUGCUCGGAGGUCUGGGAGUUCCAUGUCAGUGAUGGAAAGACUUGAGAAUGCCUCCCUGCUGCAGCAGCAUGGAGCGGAGGACCCCCGGGUGCGGCACCUCAACAGCACCGAGGACUACCUGGCCUACCUGUGCGGGCCCCGGCGCAGCCCCCUCUCCGUCCCCGUGUCCGUGGCCUAUGCGCUGAUCUUCGUGGUGGGGGUCGCGGGCAACCUCCUGGUGUGCCUGGUGAUCGUGCGGCAGCAGUCCCUCAAGAGCCCCACCAACUACUACCUCUUCAGCCUGGCCGUCUCCGACCUGCUGGUCCUGCUCCUGGGCAUGCCCUUGGAGGUCUACGAGAUGUGGCACAAUUACCCCUUCCUGCUCGGGCCCGUGGGCUGCUAUUUCAAGACGGCACUGUUCGAGACCGUGUGCUUCGCCUCCAUCCUCAGCGUCACCACGGUCAGCGUGGAGCGCUACGUGGCCAUCGUACACCCGUUCAGGGCCAAGCUGGACAGCACCCGCCGCCGGGCCCUCAGGAUCCUCGGCCUCGUCUGGGCCUUCUCGGUGGUCUUCUCUCUGCCCAACACCAGCACGCAUGGCAUCAAGUUCCAGCACUUUCCCAACGGAUCCAUGGUUCCGGGCUCUGCCACCUGUACGGUCACCAAGCCCAUGUGGGUUUACAAUUUCAUCAUUCAGGCCACGUCCUUCAUCUUCUACAUCCUCCCCAUGGCCCUUAUCAGCGCCCUCUACUGCCUCAUGGGGCUGCGGCUGAAGAAAGAUGAAGCCCUCGAGGCAGAUGAAGUGGUAACAAAUAUCCACAGACCUUCCAGAAAAUCGGUCACAAGGAUGCUGUUUGUGCUGGUCCUCGUGUUUGCUGUCUGCUGGACUCCCUUCCAUGUUGAGCGGCUCUUCUUCAGCUUUGUGGAGGAAUGGACGGAGCCCCUGGCCACUGUGUUCAACCUCACCCACGUGGUGUCAGGUGUAUUUUUCUAUCUGAGCUCAGCUGUCAACCCCAUUAUCUAUAACCUACUGUCUCGGCGCUUCCGGGCAGCCUUCUGGAAUGUGGUCUCCCCUUCCUGCCGAUGGUGGCACUCCAAGGACCACCCACGGAGGCCACCUGCCCAACGGAACAUCUUCCUGACAGAAUGCCACCUCGUGGAGCUCACCGAGGAUGCAGGUCCACAGUUCCCUUGCCAGUCAUCCAUCUGCAACCCACACCUGUCCACUGGCCCCUGCACUGGAUAGGAGUCAUGAAAAGGACUACCAGAGGGCCACCUGUAGGAGGCCUACAGUCUGUGAAUUGGCAUUCUUCUAAGCCUCAGCAUUUUAGGGAGGAUGUCAUCUAUGCCUCUUUGUGUGAUUUUAAUGUGAUAAAAUCCCUCUAAAUAUUCACGUACCUAUUUCUUCUUAUUAGUUUGUAAACAAAUGUGAAAAGUCAGAUGGAGUUCUCUUUCUGCAAUGAAGAACUCCCUGAGGUCUAGUUACAGAAUAUUUCCACUAUCCUGCCUCAUGCCCCUCCAUUCAUUCAUGAAGACAGCAUAAGUGCUGGGCAUGGCACCUCUGUGGUGAGAAAUUUCCAUUGCAGGGAAUGGAUUGUCCUGAGACCUCAACACUCUGACUCAGGAUGUCACUUAGAAACAAUGGCCACCAUGAGCCACAUUGGCACCUUAAGGAAGGAAGGGUUUAUUUUGAAUCAUGAUAUAAAGGUCCAGUUCAUAAUGUUGGGAAGGAUGUGAGGCAGCAUAAGGCAGCUGGUCAUAGUUCAUCCACAGACAGAAAGCAGACAGAGAGAAAUGUGGGUGCUCAGCUUGGCUCUCUCUGUUUUAUUCAGUCUUGACCCCAACCCCAUGGGAUUGUGUUACCCACAUUCAGGGUGGGCUUUUCCACUUCAUUUAAUCUUCCCUGGAAGCACCCUCACACACAGGCACACCCACAGUGUGUUUCCUAGGGACGAUGAAAAAUAACCAUCACACCGACCAACACACAUAAUUCUUUAGAGUCCUAAAGCAUUUCACUUCAGUGUUUCCCAGACAUUGUGGGCAUGCUGCCUAAAACUGCUGCCUCCUCCACCAGUCCCCGUGUCAUUAUCAGUCACUCUUCACUGGAAAUGGGAUUAGAUGGAAGUUUAACUCAGGAAUGAAUGGUGAAAGAAAGGAAGCUGUAGAGGCAGGUUAAAAGAGAUAUCAACUACACUAAGCAAGAAUGACUUUUCA